UAGUCUUUCAGUGUGCUGGCUGGCUGGCCUGGGUUGUAGUCUUUCAGUGUGCUGGCUGGCUGGCUGGGGUUGUAGUCUUUCAGUGUGCUGGCUGGCUGGCUGGGGUUGUAGUCUGUCAGUGUGCUGGCUGGCCUGGGGUUGUAGUCUUUCAGUGUGCUGGCUGGCUGGGGUUGUAGUCUUUCAGUGCUGGCUGGCUGGCCUGGGUUGUAGUCUUUCAGUGUGCUGGCUGGCUGGGGGGUUGUAGUCUUUCAGUGUGCUGGCUGGCUGGCCUGGGUUGUAGUCUUUCAGUGUGCUGGCUGGAUGGCUGGGGUUGUAGUCUUUCAGUGUGCUGGCUGGCUGGCUGGGGUUGUAGUCUUUCAGUGUGCUGGCUGGAUGGCUGGGGUUGUAGUCUUUCAGUGUGCUGGCUGGCUAACCCUAACAUGCUUAUUGCUGACCAACACAACUUUAUUCAUGGGAGCGUACAGACAUUUUAUAAACUUGACUCAUAGUGAAAGAAAUGAUCUCAGAAAUGUAACACGUUAUAAAAACACAAGAACAUUUCAUCAACAGUGUUUCUGGUCAUUCAUGAUUUGGAACCAAAUUAUCUUGAUCUUGUCCAAUAAGAAACACUUGUUUUUGUUUUCUGCUGCAAAACCGUUGUGCUACGAUGUACACGAAUGAAUACACCCCUGGUGUGUUCUGUCUCUCCUCUCCAGACUCCCCCUGUUGGUCUGAACUGACCAGUAUUAACAAGAAACAGGCUGCGGAGAAGCUACCGGGUCAGUACCUGCCAGUGUGUGACGCAGAGGGCUACUACCGGUCCCACCAGUGCCACGGCAGCAGCGGACAGUGCUGGUGUGUCGAUCGCUAUGGCAACGAGGUCGCAGGGUCACGGACCCACGGAGCAGCAGACUGUGGGGUGGUGUUGGAAUCAUCUGGAGACCAGGGCAGCGGAGACUCUCUCUUCUCCGACGACGACUAUGACGAUGAUGAAGAUGAUGCCUUCGUCCUGAGCGAUCAGAUCGAUGACGAAGAUGACGAAGACGACUAUGACGGAGAGGAAAGAUAUCUGUCGUAACUCCGUCACUCUGCACUUUGCCAGGGGACUUCAGCAGCAAGAAUAGUUGCUAGGCGACCUCGUCACCGCUAACAGACUAAAGACAUUUCUCUCUCUCUCUCCUGUGUCUCAAAUGUCACACUAUACCCUAGUCAGUUCCCCAGGGCCCAUUGGGUGGAAGGCAGUUCACUACAUAGUGUACAGGGCACCAUUUAGGAUGGCCCACACUGUGUUUGUUGUCUAUUCCUAAUUUAAAGGUGGACUCUGCAAUUUGACACCAUCGUACAAAGUGUGGGGGGCUUCCUGUAAAUAACAGACGGCAUCAACAACAACAAAAAAAUGACAACAACAACGGAAUUGUGAUUUAUGGGUUUCUGCCCUCUGUGGUGUUUCUUCAUCAGGAAAAUCACAGCAUAGCCGUCUUGGCAGAUUAGAAUUCUGUUGUUGGUGUUGUCCCGUAACCAGGAAGUGACCUUGCUGUGUAUGAUGUCAUAAUAACUAGCCCACCUUUCAUCGCUGGUAAACGGUUGUUUAUGUUUUCACUUCCUCUGCCGUCCAAUCACAAGCUGUGGAUGUAGUCACAUGUGCAAUGAGGCCUUUCCUUAUUGGACAAUCAGUGUGUCCUCUCCUCUCUUCCUCUCCUCCCUCCUAUCUCCUCUCCUCUCUUCCUCUCCUCCCUCCUAUCUCCUCUCUUCCUCUCCUCCCGCCUAUCUCCUCUCUUCCUCUCCUCUCUUCCUCUCCUCCC